GGUAAAAAAUAUUUUGCAGACCCCACCUUUGUUACUUCCCUGAAGUCCAACCAUAUCCACUCCUUCCAAUCCAAUCCCAUGUCUCUCUAUCUCUCACUGUGACAACCCGAGUUCUGCAGGAUACAAGCCUUUGCAUUUGCUUAAACCAAACAUUCAAAACUUCAACUUGAAAGAAACAACUUUCUCGAUCAAAUUUGUUGUCAUACAAUGCCAGGAAUCAUCAUAGUUUCAGGUGUUAACAACUGUCUCUUGUAACUGUACUCAUGAAUUAUUUUAAUAUCUAAUUUUCAUACAUCAUUAACUCCAGUUCUGGAAUUCAUGGGGCUACCACAUGCAUUAGCUUCUUCGUCAAUAUGCAUAAAAGUCCAUUAACAUCUCUUCGUGACAAUUUGAUUGUUACACUUCAGGAUGCUGAUGGGAUCAAAAUAUCUCAUGCAGGGGUUGAGAUCAAGUCUAUUGUGGAGAAAGGUCUUUGGGAUGACCUUUUUCCCCUGGAAGGAGGUGGUCACGUACAUAUGAAGUUGCAGUUUGUCCUCAGUGAAGAAGAACGUAGCCGAAUUCGUAUGAUGAGAGAAUCUGCAUUGAAAAAGAAACAAGAUGAGCUUCUCAAUAGCAGUAUUAGAACUUCACAGGGUGCUACUACUGCUUGUAGUAGUGUUGCAUCAUCUUUGGGCUUCAGGCAUGAGCUCUCAGAUCGAUAUGAAGAGAUUUCAUCAACCAUUUCUGCGCCACAAGGAGUUGAUGUCCAUCUAAGUCACAAGGAACUAGAUGAGAAGAAUGAGAGCAAGUCAUUGCCUGCUGACUUUCCUACAGAAGCAAUUUCUUCCAAUGAAACUUCCUUAUUGUUGGGAGGUUCUCGAUUAGAUGUUGCUGCCUCAAACAAUUCAAUACCUCACAAUCUGGGGGAAGAUCGCGGUCAUAACAUUCAGAAGCAGGGUCAGAUAGGGAAAUCUCCUAGAAAUGUGAAGAAUAUGAUAAGUGCAUUUGAAAGUGGUCAAGCUCAGGAUAUGAGGUCUCCCAUCAAAUCACCACCAACAAGAUCUCAAUCUAAUAAGUCUAGAAUAGAGUUGAAAAGUCAACACUUAAAUGAAGGCAAGACACAAAUUACUAAGACUGAACAAUCAAUAUCAGGAAGAGUCAUUAAUCUUUUUCUUGCAGAAGAGUUGCAACAUACCCCAACAGAUAUCAGAAAAAGAGGAGAGCAAAUUAAUUUAUUUGGUGCUUCAGAUAGGAGUAAAUUAUCUCAGGACACUGGACAGUUAGAGGAGUUGAACACACAGAAAUUUCAGAUAUUAGGAACAAAUUCAAGUCUUAAGAAUAAAUUCAAUGUAGUUCAUAAAGAAGUCGCUAGAGAGGAAGAGAAAUCUCAUCAAGAUUUGAUGAGAAUAUCCACAACUGAAACGGCUACAGUAUCAUGGAGGAUCCUUGAUGAGUAUUCAGGUGGACACCCUCUUAGUUUGUUCACUGGCAAGCAAGAUUCUUGUGGCAAUCCAGUUAUAGAGGAGAGUAGAAGGGAAAUUCAAUUUACAAAUUUACAAGAAUUCAAUAUUCAAGGAGCUUCAACCCAUAAACUGGAAUCAGUACAUUAUUGUGAAGAUAAUCAUUACUUAUUUAAAAGCUCUGGUGCCUGGAUAUUUCCAGAUGAAGCAAGACGGCUGUGUGUGACAACUGGUGGUAAAAAAGUCAUGGAUCUAAUGGGAGGUUGCAGUACUAAGCCAAAGGUCCAUCAAGGAAAUGUGAAUCUUUCUAUGCAAGAAAAUAUGGAGAAGCAUAGUGUGGACGCCAGAACUGUUAUUAAGGCUGAUAAAGACAAGAAGGAUUGCCAAAAAAUAGUAAAAUCAAAACCUGAGAAUUCAGAGGAUAUCGAAACUUCUGGAGGACCAGUGGGACAGGCAAUAAAAGUUGCAAUCAUGCUAGGAUUUGGAAUACUUGUUCUCCUAACUAGAAAAAGAAAUUACAGAUAGAAGAUUCUGUUAAUAAAUGUAACAACCAUCAUGCCAAGGGACUCUUUUGUAUCCAAGAUGUUUUACAAAUCUUCUCUCCAUUUUUUUCAGUUGACAGUAAAUGUGGACAACCAGGCCCAACUGUAUUCAUGAGAAUUUUCUGUUCAUUACACUAAAUGUAAAAUGCUUCAAUGUAUUUUUCAAUGUCAAACACAAAUUUCUUUUAAGCCAA